GGAUCCCAUCCUGAUAAUUCCAAUCUCACUGUUACGUAGGACAUGCUUUGUGAACCUCAAUGAGGCUGCCAGGUUUAGGACCGUUGUUAAGAACCAGUGUCAGAAAUGAGAGUAAGGCCUCACAAAAUGUGUCACCACUGACCGUCUGAUAGCCAUUCUCCUUCUGCACCUUUUCUUCCUCGCGGAUAGCAGCUGCUUCCCACUCUCACAGGAAAGGACCCCAAUCUAUCUACCACACUCACCACUGCAGAUGCCCUGGGGCUUGCCUACUUACAGCUUUGCCCUUCCACAGCAUGGCGGGACCCUCAGGGGAGUUCUGGAUUCCUCCACAGCAAGAAGUUUCACAAACCAUUUUUGCAGUUCCCUGCCCCCAACUGUUUCCAAGGGUGUAAUAGGUAUACAGCUGGUUGUUACCAUGGUGAUGGCCAGCCUCAUGCAGAAGAUUGUACCUCACUAUUCUCUUGCUAGAUGGCUACUCUGUAAUGGCAGUUUAAGAUGGUAUCAACAUCCUACAGAAGAAGAAUUAAGAAUACUUGCAGGGAAGCAGCAAAAAGGGAAAAGCAAAAAAGAUAGGAAAUAUAAUGGUCACAUUGAAAAUAAACCACUGACCAUUCCAAAGGAUAUUGACCUCCAUCUAGAAACAAAGUCAGUUACAGAAGUGGAUACCUUUGCAUUGCAUUACUUUCCAGAGUAUCAGUGGCUGGUGGAUUUCACAGUGGCUGCUACAGUUGUGUAUCUAGUAACUGAAGUCUACUACACUUUUAUGAAGCCCACACAGGAAAUGAAUAUCAGCUUAGUUUGGUGCCUGCUUGUUUUGUCUUUUGCAAUCAAAGUUCUAUUUUCAUUAACUACACACUAUUUUAAAGUAAAAGAUGGUGGUGAAAGAUCAGUCUGUGUUACCUUUGGAUUUUUUUUCUUCGUGAAAGCAAUGGCAGUCUUGAUUGUAACAGAAAAUUAUCUGGAAUUUGGACUCGAAACAGGAUUUACAAAUUUUUCAGACAGUGCGAUGCAGUUUCUUGAAAAGCAAGGUUUAGAAUCUCAGGGUCCUGUUUCAAAACUUACUUUCAAAUUUUUCCUGGCUAUUUUCUGUUCACUCAUUGGGGCUUUUUUGACAUUUCCUGGAUUACGGCUGGCUCAAAUGCAUCUGGAUGCCCUGAAUUUGGCAACAGAAAAAAUUACACAAACAUUGCUUCAUAUCAACUUCUUGGCACCUUUACUUAUGGUUCUGCUCUGGGUAAAACCAAUCACCAAAGACUACAUCAUGAACCCACCAUUGGGUAAAGAAAGUGUCCCUUUAAUGACAGAAGCUACAUUCGAUACUCUGCGACUCUGGGUAAUAAUCCUGCUGUGUGCUUUACGGCUGGCCAUGAUGCGUAGUCACCUGCAAGCUUACUUAAACUUAGCCCAGAAGUGUGUGGAUCAGAUGAAGAAAGAAGCAGGCCGAAUAAGUACAGUGGAGCUACAGAAAAUGGUGGCGCGGGUCUUUUAUUACCUCUGUGUCAUCGCACUGCAGUACGUGGCGCCUCUGGUGAUGCUGCUUCACACAACUCUGCUUUUAAAAACACUAGGUCAUCAUUCCUGGGGCAUUUAUCCAGAAUCCAUCUCUACCUUGCCAGUGGAUAAUAGUCUACCAUCCAGUUCUGUUUACUCUGAAUUACCAUCUGCGGAUGGGAAGGUGAAGGUAACUGUUACACAGAUAACAGUGGCACUGAGCAGCUUAAAAAACAUUUUCACUCCUCUGCUCUUUCGAGGACUUCUGUCUUUUCUAACCUGGUGGAUUGCUGCGUGUCUCUUUUCUACAAGCCUUUUUGGGCUUUUCUAUCACCAGUAUCUCACUGUGGCAUGAAUCUCAGUUAACAAAAAAGGAUAUCCAAGUCACACUUGGGAUUCAAAUAUUUGUGCCCUUGAAGGGCUGACAAAAAACACAGGAGAAAGCAAAUACAAAGGAAAAAAGAAACAUAUCAGAAUAUCUUGUUUGAAAUGCUUCCUCUGUAUUCUCAGGGUGAAUUAAUGGUAUAAUAUGUAAAAUUACUGAAUAGAUUAAGUGCUAUACUGGGGCAUUGGAAAUUUUAACUCCUUGUAUUAACUGAUGUGAGAGAGGGCUAUCCGCAAGGGUAAUACUUCUGGUUGCCUUGGUUUACAGAAACCUCUGAAACAGUCUUUGAAACUUUUCUUAUGACUCCAGUUAUAGGUUGCUCUCAGUGGUAUUAAGGUACUGUUAAUAUUCAUGUGGCUGCCUGCAGAACACUCUUCAAACUGAGCCAUGUUUUAGAGGAGGUUAAGGAGCUAAAGUUGUUUCUGUUGGUAAUAUAUUAGUCACUCUUCAAAGGACAA